CUCAUCUCCCCUUUUAGCAGGGAAGGGUCAGAUUACAGGGGGCAAAACAAAAUAAUAAAAUGAGUGUCCUGGUAUUUCAGAGUCAGUCCGCCAUCCCCACAGUCUCUCUCCUUCCUCUGCCGUGCUAUCCUAGAAUCAAGGAUCCCAGACACAAUGCCUCUGUUCAAACUUACAGGUCAAGGAAAACAAAUUGAUGACGCAAUGCGUAGCUUUGCUGAAAAAGUGUUUGCCUCUGAAGUCAAAGAUGAGGGAGGUCGGCACGAGAUCUCCCCCUUCGACGUGGAUGAGAUCUGCCCGAUUUCCUUUCAUGAGAUGCAGGCCCACAUAUUCCACAUGGAGAACCUGUCCAUGUCCACGGACGGCAGGAGAAAAAGGCGCUUCCAAGGACGGAAGACUGUUAAUUUGUCCAUUCCACAAAGUGAGACAUCUUCUACCAAACUAUCCCACAUUGAAGAAUUUAUUUCUUCAUCCCCAACCUACGAGAGUGUGCCUGACUUCCAGAGGGUGCAGAUCACCGGAGACUAUGCCUCUGGGGUAACUGUUGAAGACUUUGAGGUGGUUUGUAAAGGUCUCUAUCGGGCAUUGUGUAUACGGGAGAAAUACAUGCAGAAGUCAUUCCAGAGGUUCCCCAAGACCCCCUCCAAGUACCUGAGGAACAUCGACGGGGAACCCUUGGUAGCGAACGAGAGCUUCUAUCCAGUAUUUACCCCUCCUCCGAAGAAGGGAGAAGACCCCUUUCGCACAGAGGACCUUCCUGCAAACCUGGGCUAUCACCUCAAGAUGAAGGGUGGUGUGAUUUACAUCUACCCUGAUGAAGCGGCGGCCAGCAGAGAUGAGCCCAAGCCCUACCCUUACCCAAAUCUGGAUGACUUCCUGGAUGACAUGAAUUUUUUGCUUGCUCUAAUUGCACAAGGGCCCGUUAAGACUUACGCUCAUCGCCGUCUGAAGUUCCUCUCCUCCAAGUUCCAGGUCCAUCAGAUGCUGAAUGAGAUGGAUGAGCUGAAGGAGCUGAAGAACAACCCCCACCGGGACUUUUAUAACUGCAGGAAGGUGGAUACUCACAUCCACGCAGCUGCCUGCAUGAACCAGAAGCACCUGCUGCGCUUUAUUAAGAAAUCUUACCAUAUUGAUGCCGACAGAGUGGUCUACAGCACCAAAGAGAAGAACCUGACCCUGAAGGAACUUUUUGCUAAAUUAAAUAUGCAUCCCUAUGACCUGACCGUUGACUCUCUGGAUGUUCAUGCUGGACGCCAGACGUUCCAACGUUUUGAUAAGUUCAAUGACAAAUACAACCCCGUGGGUGCGAGCGAGCUUCGGGACCUCUACCUAAAAACAGACAACUACAUUAAUGGGGAGUAUUUUGCCACUAUCAUCAAGGAGGUGGGCACGGACCUGGUGGAAGCUAAGUAUCAGCACGCGGAGCCCCGCCUGUCCAUCUACGGCCGCAGUCCAGAUGAGUGGAGCAAACUCUCCUCUUGGUUUGUCUGCAACCGCAUCUACUGCCCCAACAUGACUUGGAUGAUCCAAGUCCCCAGGAUCUAUGAUGUGUUCCGAUCCAAGAAUUUCCUGCCACACUUCGGGAAGAUGCUGGAGAAUAUUUUCCUUCCAGUGUUCGAGGCCACCAUCAACCCCCAAGCUCACCCAGACCUCAGCGUCUUCCUCAAGCAUAUCACUGGCUUCGACAGUGUGGAUGACGAAUCCAAACACAGUGGUCACAUGUUUUCCUCCAAGAGUCCCAAACCUGAGGAGUGGACAAUGGAAAACAACCCUUCUUAUACGUACUAUGCCUACUACAUGUAUGCAAACAUCAUGGUGCUCAACAGCCUGAGAAAGGAACGAGGCAUGAAUACAUUUCUGUUUCGCCCCCACUGCGGGGAGGCUGGGGCUCUCACUCACCUCAUGACAGCCUUUAUGAUAGCAGACAACAUUUCUCACGGCCUGAAUUUAAAGAAGAGUCCUGUGUUACAGUACUUAUUUUUCUUAGCUCAGAUUCCCAUCGCCAUGUCGCCAUUGAGUAACAACAGCCUAUUCCUCGAAUAUGCAAAAAAUCCUUUCUUAGAUUUCCUCCAGAAAGGCCUGAUGAUCUCACUGUCCACCGAUGACCCGAUGCAGUUCCAUUUCACCAAGGAGCCCCUGAUGGAAGAAUAUGCCAUCGCUGCCCAAGUCUUCAAGCUGAGCACGUGUGACAUGUGUGAAGUGGCAAGGAACAGUGUCCUGCAGUGUGGCAUUUCUCAUGAGGAAAAAGCAAAGUUUCUGGGCAACAAUUACCUUGAGGAAGGCCCUCUUGGAAAUGACAUCCGGAAGACAAAUGUUGCUCAGAUUCGCAUGGCCUAUCGAUAUGAAACUUGGUGUUAUGAACUCAAUUUAAUUGCUGAGGGUCUUAAGUCAACAGAAUGA